UGACGCAAAUGUGAUCGAGGUGAUCGCAUGAAACAUACGAAGAGAAAGCUAUAAAUUAUUUAAUUGAUAUUACUUAUCGCUUUUGGAAUAAUUGUCGACGUCGUAGCGAGUACACGUGCCGAUGUCAUUAUCAUUUGUUUAUUGUUCAGUGACACCAAGACUCUGAUAUAUUAACAACAAUAUUAUUGAUUGUUUUGUGUGAAAAAUUACGUUUCCUGCAACGAUAAGAAUGCAUUUACAGACUUUGCUAAUUGUUUUUAUAUUAUCUUUUGCGUGUGGACAAGACAGGCGGAUUAUACCAAAAUUGAAUCCUGGUUGUGACAACUGUGGUACAUCAACAACCCUCCUUUAUAUCAGGGCAGAUGGCAGUCAGGACACUGUUCAUCAGCUGUGGGACUUUACCCGAGGAAUGCCCACCAUUAUCUAUGUUAUUUCAAAACUCAACACGUCAUUGACUAUAAACUGGAGAUUCAAUGAGCCACUGGAAUUUAAACUGUCAGAGAAACCGCUGUAUAGCUUUGCUGUUACACUUGAUAAGCUAACAGAAUACAAUGACAUCGAAAACAAUGGAUACAUUGACAACAGGUGCCCUCAGAGGGCGCUGUCACUACGCGACUUGGAGUGGACACGUGGCAGCACUGUGCUGGACAACAAGGAGGCCAUGUUACAUAUGCGCGGGAAAUUCGGGGAACAUAACCAACAUGGCGUCAUUGAUAUGAAACUCGACCUCCUUCCAUUCAAAGACUAUGCAGUAGACUUACCACAUCUGAUCCAUACUGCAAACUCGACACUGGUAGACGUGAGCCUAGUAAACCUGACGUCAUCAGCCGACUACAACGCAUCGCGGUUCGCAUUGCACUUCACGGUCGUCAGCACCGACCCUCGGAACGAGAAUAUGAGUUACAGCAUGAGGAAGAGCCUGGAUGAUGAGCAUACACCUGGCGUUUUUGAGAUAUUUGAGAUUAGGACUCCCAAGUCUAGUCGGUCGGAUGACGGCGGCUUCAUACAGUUCCGGCCAGUCAGCUACACGGAGCAGGAACGCAGCGUGUCGUCCUCAACCAACGCUUAUAUAUCUAACUUUACUUGGACAACAAUACCGAAGACGAGUACAUUGCGCGUUUUCUACGAGCAGUUCGAUAAAGACAACCUGUUAGUGCAGGAUAUGUUCAUCUCAUUCGGACUGCCCGGCGACGGCUUCUACAGACAACAUAACUUCACUUCUUGGUCAUUUACGAUAGGUUACGGGAUCCCACCAGUAGAAAGCUUCUCCCUAUUCGUGAUCAUCAUCAUAUCGAUCGGAUUAGGAGUGCCUAUCCUCCUGGCACUCUCAGGUAUCACGUUCGUCAUAGUACGGCGCUGCAAGCAGAGAAACCCCCCUGCAAGGUUCACUGACGAUGAGUAAGGUACAUUGAGAGACCUGUCAAAUUGGUAUGAUUAUAUAGUUGGCUACAUAUCAUCCAUGUUUUGUGUGUUGUAUGAUAAAAAUCAGCCUUAGUUUCAAAUUUAUGAUAGCUGCGGAUUAUGUGGGUACAUGGAAAAUAGCGAAAAUCGUCCAAAUUUCUCUGAACGAUGACUAAAAGAAUUGUAUUUGAUGACAUGUGAAAACAGCAUUAAUCACAAGCUACGCUUAACUUCGAAUGACUGCACCAAAUUCGAUAUUCCUUUUUUUGUAC